GCCAGACUAUACAGAGCCAGAAAAUCAUGACGUCACUCAUUCAAUGAUGCGAAAUAUGGCGGUGCACCAUCGGCAACAGAGCAGCACUCGACGAAAAGUUCAGGUUUCGUUCGUGAUCCGAGAUGAAGUGGAGCGGCAGCACAGGUCAGGGGUCAACGGCCUCCAGUUUGACCCCGCCUGCAACAAGCUGUACUCAGCCGGACGCGAUUCCAUCAUCAGAAUAUGGAAUCUGAACAAUCCCAAGGAUCCAUACCAACAGUCUAUGGAGCACCACACAGACUGGGUGAACGACGUUGUGCUGUGCUGCGAUGGAAAAACAUUAAUUUCUGCAUCUUCAGAUACGACAGUAAAAGUCUGGAACGCACAGAAAGGAUUCUGCAUGUCCACGCUAAGAACACAUAAGGAUUAUGUGAAAGCGUUAGCCUAUGCCAAAGACAGGGAACACGUUGCUUCGGCUGGCCUGGACAAGCAGAUAUUCCUGUGGGAUGUACGGACGCUGACGGCGCUAACAGCCACCAACAACACCGUCACAACUUCGUCACUGAACGGUCAGAAGGAUUCUAUUUAUAGUCUUGCAAUGAACCAAUCAGGAUCAGUCGUCAUCUCAGGGUCAACCGAAAAGGUGCUGAGAGUCUGGGACCCGCGGACGUGCGCCAAGGUCAUGAAGUUGAAAGGUCACACGGAUAACGUCAAAUCUUUGCUGGUCAACAGGGAUGCUAGCCAGUGUUUGUCUGGCAGUUCGGAUGGCACUGUUCGUCUGUGGUCCUUGGGCCAGCAGCGCUGCAUCGCGACCUACCGCAUGCACGAGGACGGCGUGUGGGCACUGCGAGCCAACAACUCCUUCAGCCACUUCUACUCUGGUGGGCGAGACUGCCGGCUGUUUGUGACCGAUCUCAGGUAUCCGGAGGGAAGUGUUUUGAUCUGCGAGGAACACGCUCCGAUCCUGAGAAUAGAAAUCACCCCCGACCAGAACUCUCUCUGGGUUGCGACGACUCGGUCUGACAUCAACAAAUGGUCACUGAGGGGUGACGACGCCAGGAAUUCUGGGGAUUACGACAACGCACCCUGCGAACCGUUCAUCAAAACGCCCGAGUACACAGUCAAAGGUGGGCCGAGUGUCGUCCAGUACCAGAUCCUGAAUGACAAGAGACACAUAGUGACCAAAGACACGGAGAGCAACGUUGCUGUCUAUGAUGUGCUCUCAGCCAAAAAAGUGGAAGAUCUCGGCCAAGUGGACAUGGAGGUGGUCAUCAAAACCAAACAUCAGAUGGUUCACGUGCCUCACUGGUUCUCAGUAGACCUCAAGAUUGGGAUGCUGUGCAUACACCUUGAGGAGAGUGAUUGCUUUGCAUCUUGGGUAUCCUCCAAAGAUGUUGGCUUGGGUCCCGUAGAUGGCCCAGAAACCAAAGUGAACUUUGGCGGGCUGCUUCUUCAGGCGUUGUUGGAACACUGGCCACGAACGCACAGCUUGGAACCAGAGGAGAUGAACGGACAUGUUAACGGUCACAACAGCAGCCCAGGUGAUAUCAAUCUGUCCAUGGAUCCUGUACACCAGGGCACGGUCCUGCGUAAAGGCAACAGCUACUUCAGCGUGCCGUCACACACCCCCGUCAUCUUCAGCGAGGUCGGAGGUCGCACGCUGUUUCGGUUCCUGUGCCGCGACGCUGGCGGGGACUCUGAGCGGAUGCUGUUAUCGGAGACGGUGCCGCAGUGGGUGGUGGACAUCACAGUCGAGAAAAAUCAGCCCAAAUUCAACAAGAUAUCCUUCUUCUUGCAACCUCACUCCAGCUCAGGUGCCAAAACCCUUAAAAAGGAUAGACUGUCGGCAAGUGACAUGCUACAGGUCCGUAAAGUCCUGGAGCACGUGUACGAGAAAGUGAUGGGUGCAGACAGUGGGUCAGGGAUGAACGGGAAAGGGCCACAGGAUGGAGAUGAAGAUAUGCCUAGUAUAUCGGAAGACAAGGUGGAGUUGCUGUGCCAAGACCAGGUUCUAGAUGCGAACAUGGAUUUGCGAACGGUCAAAUAUUUCAUCUGGAAAAGCGGGGGUGAUCUGACGCUACACUACCGCAAUAAACAAACCUGACAGUAGUCAGUCUUUUGUAUCGUAAAACACGUUUCCCAAGUCAGCAUCUUAUGUGUGCCAAAUCUCUUGGCGGUGUAAUUUAUUUCUCGAAAAUUUUAUAAAAAUUAAAACCCACAGAAAAAACAAACGUGGAAUUUAAGUUCGAGAUCAGAAUGAAUGGUCACUCUGUACAAAUACGUAUAUAAUUGUUAGAUGUUUCCAGUCGAAAAUGUAGAAACAGUAAUGUUCCAACGUACAUGUAUUUACCUCAAUUUGCACAUUUUUUUAUUGUAGGGGGAAUUACAUACAAACUGCCCUCAAUUUUUGAUGUAAAUGAAAAAUGAAAAAAAAAAAAAAAUGGUUUUUUUUGGCGAGUUAUUUCUUUUUCCGACAGUAGAGAUCAUAUAAACUCAGGUUUCCCGCUGUCUGGGAAAAACCCUGGGAAAAGUCAUGGAUUUUCAUUUUCAAUUCUCAGGUCUGAAAAAGUCGUGGAAAUUUGUCAAAAAUUACUAGAGUCAAGGAAAAUUAAUGGAAUUUUCGUAACUUUUUUUGUUUUUGUACCCGACAAAAUGCGACUAAUUUCACUGAUCCAUUUCACUGAAUAGUUUGAUUUCAAUUUUGUGCCCAGUGAACAAGUUUUUACAGUUUUGGUCUGCACGUUGAUGAACUAGGUCAUGGAUUUUCAUAAUUUGGUCACGGAAAAGUAAUGCUAUUUUUGGUGUCCUUAAGGUGUAGGAACCCUGUAAACUUAACCCUUUAGGCUCUAUGGUUGUAUUGAUUCUUCAGUGAAUAAAUACAAUGUAAUACAAUGUAAUACAUUGUAAUACAAUGUAAUAAAAUGUAACACAAUGUAAUACAUUGUAAUACAAUGUAAUACAAUGUAACACAAUGUAAUACAAUGUAGUGCAGGUGCUAGUGGGUUUAAUAAUAGAAAAUACUGGUCAGUAUUUUCUCUUUUAGGGGGUGCUUGGCUAAAAUAAGCCAAGAAUCUGGUAGAAGCACACUUCAAAGGAAUUUUGGUUGGCUAGUUAGUAGUAACCCGAGUUUUUGCUAUGUAAAAUGUUCCAAGCGAGGAGGGCUCCGUGAAGAGCCAAGUUCAAUCUGCAGCAAGGAACAGCAUUUAUGUAAAAAAAAAAGAAAAAGGAAACUGUGUAAAUAUAUAUAAUAACUUUUGUAUCUAUUAAGAAAAUAAUAAAAAGAAAUGAACAUGAUUAUACAAAUUAUAACCGGUUACAUUGAGAUCAACCAACUGAAGAAAAUAAAGACUCGGUGUUGAUUCUGAAAA